AUGGAGGGCGACGAGCGGGCGCUGGACGUGUCGACGCGGGGCUCGCUGGUGCGCCAAGGCGCGGAGGCCAGGGUCUGGGAGGCGCCCUUCCUGGAACGCCCCGCGAUCGUCAAGCAGCGCUUCAGCAAGAAGUACCGGGCGGCGGAGCUGGACGAGCGCCUGACCCUGUCCCGGAUCAAGCAGGAGGCGAGGUCCAUGCUGCGCGCCCGCAAGCUGGGCGUGCUGACGCCCGUGCUGUACAUGGUGGAGUACGGCAGCGCGUGCCUGUACAUGGAGAAGGUGGCCGGGAGGACGGUCAAGGAUGUCGUGGCGGAGUUGGAGGCGGCCGAUCGGCUGAAUCCGCUGCUGGAUGCGAUCGGGCGGGCUGUGGCAAGGAUGCACGACGGGGGGCUGAUCCACGGCGACCUAACGACGUCCAACCUGAUGGUGCGGGAGGGCGACGGGCGCCUGGUGAUCAUCGACUUCGGGCUGAGCUCGUACUCUAAGCUGUCGGAGGACAAGGGGGUAGACCUGUACGUGAUGGAGAGGGCCUUCACAAGCGCGCACGCCGGCCUGGAGGGGGCCUUCGAGAGGGUGCUGGAGGCCUAUAAGGGCGCCUCCAAGUACUGGAGCAGCGUGCUCAAUAGGUUUGCGGAGGUGAGGAUGAGGGGCAGGAAGAGGACAAUGGUUGGAUAG